CAUCGCGACACACUAAAUUCGGACACCUCAGGCUCAGUCUCUCAGAAAUACCAACUUGCUAAUCGUACAACUCCAACCGCGCAUUCCAAAAAUGGCGACUCCUUCGUCAGCGUUCAUCACAGCGUUCCGGCAGUUCCAGCUGCCCGCAGCCAUGCUGCCAGUGUUCUACAGCGAGGCCUACAACAUGGGGUUUGGCGGAAUUGAGAAGGUCCUGUCGCCGCACCCAUUCGACGCGACAAAGUACCGCGGCGUCUUCAAACAUCUCCGCGCCGGACCGCUCGCGAGUGCGUUUGCGCCUGCGAGGAUUAUGGCGCCGCCGGCUGUCGCGUCCGACCAAGAUCUGCUGAUUGCACACUCGGAGGAGUACCUGCGCAGCCUGAAGAGCAGCACCACCGUCGCUCACAUUGCUGAGGUCAUCACUCUCGCCGUGCUCCCAAUCUUCAUGGUCAACUAUGGCAUCGUCACCCCGCAGCGCACCAUGACAUCGGGAACCGCAUUCGCAGCCAAAGCAGCCAUGCAAGCCGGGUGGGCCAUCAACGUCGGCGGCGGGUUUCACCACGCCUCAUGCAACGAGGGUGGCGGCUUCUGCAUUUUCGCAGACAUUUCGUUCGCCAUCAAACUCCUCAUGCGCGAAGGCCUUCAGCGAGCCAUGAUUGUUGAUUUGGACGCACACCAAGGAAAUGGCCACGAGAAUGACUUUGCACAAGACAAGGACCGUGUCUAUAUUCUGGACGUGUACAAUCGAGACAUUUACCCCGGAGACCGCAAGGCGAAAUCGGGCAUGUCGCUGAACGUGCCUGUUUCGUCGGGCAUUGCUGACGCAGAGUAUUUGCAAACUGUCAACGAAUCUUUGGACCAAGCUUUGGCGCAGUUCUCCCCCGAUCUGAUUGUUUAUAACGCAGGGACGGACUGCCUCAUUCACGAUUCCUUGGGAAGGAUGGCCGUCUCUGAGCAAGGAAUUCUAGACAGGGACGAAGCGGUCUUCCGUCGCGCCUUGAGCCGAAACAUCCCGAUCGUCAUGGUACUUUCCGGGGGCUACCAGUCCUCCAACUCUCGCGUCAUUGCAAGGAGCAUUGAGAAUAUGGUUGAAAAGUUUGAUUUGCUAUCGCGACCCUGGCUUGUCAAGCAGUAGCCACACAACGCAAGUUCUAGCAACAAACCACACAUUCAAAAAAAAAAAAAAAAAAGAAACAAAGAAGGAAAAAAAAAGUCUAUAUUCACUGUUUUACAUUUUUGCACAGUAGUGCGCUAAUCUUGGGAGAUGUGCGCUGCACUAGUCUUCGGAAAAGUACGCGUGCUUCAUCGCCUCGUAGCAUGAUAUCGACACGGCAGUCGCUGGUGCCAGCCAAAGUGCUCGAGCUGCCAUGCCCUGCGUCAAAGCCCGCCACCCUUCUUCACGCACAAUCCGCAAUGCCGCGUCUAGAGGACUUGCGUAGCUCAGACCAAGCCAAGGCGUCUGUGCGACGACGCCGUUCGCGAGCGCAGUGGUGCCAACCUGCACCUGCCACCGAGUCUUGAUCACAUCCAACGGAUUGGUCAUCAAAGCUGCAAUCGUGGCACAAGAAACAAAAAACACCACAAGGUCCAAUCCAAACAGUCGGGUGGAGGUCAUGUGAGUUUCGAAAACGCACAGCCACACAAAGCAAAUACGACGCAAAACAGGACAGGAGAAAAAGUCCCCACCUGCUAUCGACGCGGCUGUCGUGCUAAUUCCUAACGUGGUUGAAAAACUCAGAGGGGGCAAGUCUUCGGAAUCAGACAGCGGGCGAUGGCCUCGUAUCCGCAAUGCCAAGAGUUUGAGUUGCUCAAAAGUGACAAAGAAUAUUGCAGAGUGCGGGAUAAACACGGUUAGAGUUGUAAAGUAGCCUCGAUACAUGCCGCGAAUGCCUUCUUGCGCCACGAUUGUUUUGAAGGCAUGGGUGGACGAUUUGUAGCGCUGAAGUUCGCCUCCUGCCGCCUGUGCUUCAGGUCGGGGGGUGCUUUUGUCAGAAUAAGGCCGCCGAGCAACACCCCUCGCUUCUGCUCCAGCACAAUGUUUGACCACGUUACCUGCAACCGCUGCUUGAUCACCUCCAUGGGAGUCCAGAAGAGGCCACUGACCACUUCGGCAGUGACGCCAGCCAACAAAUGCGUAGCGAGGCCCUCGUGACCGCUAGCCAAGUGCCCUCGACCCGCGUUGAGCUGCGACGAGAUGUACUUCUUGGCCUCGUCGUAUGUGAAGAGGUAGGUCGCGAGUGCCGGAGCACCAAUUCCCUGCACCAACGCCAAAAAGUGACAAGUAUAUCAGCGAUCAGCGAUAAGUGCUCUUGACCUCAAAAGGCGCUCCGCCAUGGCGUCCUGUUCGCUUGAUUCCUGUACCAUUGCAAUACCAACACCACUGUACAGGCCUCGAACGCCUUCCUGGGCGACGAUCGAGCGUCCACAUGCCCACGUUUGGCGCAGGGCAGACGUCAAGUGAGCUGGCGGUCGCGAUGGCUCGCCAGUGUGCUUCGCCGACCACUACAAGCAUGCAUUCAUACAUGGCACAAUUCGAUGCAAUAGAACAUGGGCACAAAACUGACUGACUUGGGCCUGGACACCAAGGGGUCGAUCGCCGCCAUGACCCAUAGCAUGGCUCGUGCCAUGAUUGUGCACUUGCAAGCGUGUGCGGAUGGUGUCGAACGGAUGCGUCGUGAAUCGCGCCAGGCCACUCGCAAUCCCCGAAGCGACAAAGUGCUGCACGGACGACCCGAGCGACUGGCGCUGGGCUGGCUGGGCAACCACAGGGACGUCAGUAGUGACAGUACUACUGGCAGUAACAGCAGCAGGACCAAGCAGAGUCCGUGGAGGCGGUGAUUUUUCAGCCAUGCCAAAAUCCCUCAGAAGCACGACUGAGCACUGCACUGUCUCAGCUUGGAGAUGUAAUCGCAACGAAAACACUACUGUAGAGCUUGAAGAGUCAGCAAAGUGUUUGGAAAGAAUUAUCAGAUGGGAGGUGGCGGGGAGACCUGCGAAUUCUCGUGCUUACAGGUAACAGUGCAAAACACCAACACACACCAAGGCAAAGAAACACUGAACCACGAUGGAAACUACCACAUCACCAAAGUGUUGCUGGGGCGGCUUUAGGAAGCAUACUCUUCGGCACUCCGAAGCUCGCCAUGCUCGCACAGCCAGUCGACCAACCGUCCAAGAAACUUGUCGUUCGAAACAGUGUCGCUGUCGCCAAUCACGCACACGUGCCGACGUGCACGCGUGAUGGCAACGUUCAAGCGUCGGUGUUCUGCCAGAAAGCCCACUUCGCGCUUGUCAUUGGAGCGCACGAGCGAAAUCACCACAGCCUCCUUCUCGCGGCCUUGAAACCCAUCAACGGAGCCAAUUUCUAGCUGUGGGUACUGAACAGAGAGCUUGCUGCGCAGGCGUCCGACCUGGGCAUUGUACGGGGUGAUAACCGCCAUGUCUC